UUAGCACUUGGGGUCUGUAAUAUCACAUUAACUCGUCAGACAGACUCCUUAAGGAAUGAGUGUGGAUGUGACAGUUUUAUUUUGGCAGAUUAGAUUAUAUUCUCCGUGUCGUUAAAUAGAAGUGAACCUUAUUUGGUUCUUCAGUGUGUCUUUUGUUCUUUUUAUGGGCCAAGUGGGCCACACAAGCUGCCAAUCUGUAAAAAGAGCGCAUGAUGGAUCACCGAAUCCAGCGCGCUGCUUCGGCCUCCGAGUCUGCGCGCAGGUUUAGUGCCGCCGAGGAACAUUUACAGACACUUUUUAAAUAUCGUUAUUUCCAUGUCAAACUUAAAAUUCACGUUUGUUCUAAAUAAACCAACAAAAUCUACAUCUCUCAUUAAAAAAACUUAAAGAAAGAUUACACUUUUCAUUUUAAUUGCGUGUUUCUUUAGUGGCAUUGAUCUUCCGUUAAAUAACCAAUUCUAUGGGGCCAUUUGACAUCUUCAAGACCCCCUAUAAAAUAACCCCCCUAUUUUCCUUAUAUUUAAGGCCGUUGUUAUCAUAACACGCAUAUAAUACUGAAUCCAUUUCACUAUUAGAACGUUAGAUCGUAAUUAUUUUCAUUGCUGGACAUUUGUAGCUCUCGUAACGCUGCGAUCUGACACCGCGUCCCGAUGUUUGUGUUCUUAUCAGAUGGAUGAGUGAGUUUGAUUGAAGCGUUUGUCAUGUAAAUGCGAGCCGUUUGAUGGACGAGCCCGCAGACUUGACAGAGUGCUGCAGGUCCUUCGCCAUUGGCGUUUAGCGGGUCACAUGGUGUGUCAGGAAGGUGAUAUGAGAGUGGAAGGCAGUUUUACAGCUUUGACAUACUACCUAGAAGGUUUAGGGCAAAGGGAGCACCGAUUAAUGACUCCUCGGUCUUGAUCAGUUGCGAACAAACAAAAGGCCCGAGUCCAGGAUGAACUCCUACUUAGACUACCCAGUGUGCAACCGGGGAGCCAACAUCUUCGGUGCCAAGGCCGGAUACCACAAUUUGAACCAUGGAUACGUGUCGUCCAACUCGUGCGCAACAAGUGAGAGUUACGCACCGGACGGGCGCCUGGUCGCCGCCACUCCCGCGCCGCACCAGAACCCGAGUCUCCCUCUGCACCACCAGGCGCACGUCAAUCUGGACCUGCAGUUCGCCAUGCCGGGGAGCUCCAUGUACGGGUCCGCGCUGGAGUACGGACAUCACCAGUACGGCCUGGCGCCCGAGCAGGACCGGGCCUUCAUUCACGCGCAGGUCUCCCCCGUCGGAUCGAGCAUGGCCCCCCCUUACACCGGGGACAGCUGUGGGCCCGGAGCCGCAACGAGCAGCCAGUAUCUACACUUUGGGAACGCAGAUCAGAGGCAGCAAGAAUACCCAGAGAGUGUUUACACCAGAUUACCGCCCCACGGCAAGGAGAAGGACCUGGACCAAGUGGAGGACGCCUCCAAAACGUUCGACUGGAUGAAAGUGAAGAGGAAUCCACCUAAAACAGCUGUCCUGUCGGAGUUUGGCAUUGCCGGCCAGCACAACGUGAUCCGCACCAACUUCACCACCAAGCAGCUGACCGAGCUGGAGAAGGAGUUCCACUUCAACAAGUACCUGACGCGGGGGAGGAGGGUGGAGGUCGCCGCCAGUCUGGAGCUCAACGAGACGCAGGUGAAGAUCUGGUUUCAGAACCGCAGGAUGAAGCAGAAGAAGCGCGAGAAGUCGGCCUGCGUGUCGGUCAAAGCCGCGGCACCUGCGGAGAAAGUUACCGGCACCGAGAGCUCUCCGAAGGGCGAAGACUGUGAACCGUGAUGUGAUUCUCCAUUAAAACAAACAAACAAA